AUGGGUGACUCAUACAUUAUAGCAAUAGACUUUGGCACUGCAUACAGUGGUUAUGCCUACACUGUAGCUCCCAAAGAGGAACAACUUGAUCCCAUUUUGAAGAAGUGGGGGAAAGAACAUCGAUUUGAUACACCAAAGACUCCAACCUGCAUUCUGCUCAAUGAACAUGAAGAAUUUCUCAGUUUCGGUUAUGAUGCAAAAAAAAUCUAUAUUAACUUGCGUGGAGAAGCGGCAAAAGCACACUACUUCUUUGAAAACUUCAAAAUGGACAUCUAUGACUCAAAAAUCAGCAGAGAUGUGAUGAUUAAAGCUGCAAAUGGCAAAUCAGUUCCAGCCAUGAAGGUGUUCACAGAAUCACUGAGAUACCUGAAAGAAGAUGCACUGGAAACCAUUAGUGGCAAAACUAAGAGGGAGUUCAUAGCCUCUGACUUCACUUGGGUGCUGACUGUACCUGCCAUCUGGGAUCCUUCAGCAAAGCAGUUCAUGAGAGAAGCUGCAACUCAGGCAGGGAUUGUUACAGAAGAAAGUCAGACAAAGCUGGUCAUCGCACUGGAACCAGAGGCAGCCUCAGUCUGGUGCAAGAAGCUUCCAGCUGAUGGCUUCAUCACUCAGAACCAUGAUGGAGGAUCACUGGAUCAGUCUCCAGGAACACACUACAUGGUGGUGGACUGUGGAGGUGGAACAAUUGACAUCACUGUUCAUGAAGUCCUGGAUGGAGGAGGACUAAAGGAGCUGCAAAAGGCCUCAGGAAAUAAUCUGGGGGGACAAAAUGUCGACAGAAAAUACAAACAGUUCCUCAGAGAAAUCUUCUGUGAUGGUGUCUGGGAUCAAUAUGAAGAAAACUUUCCAAGUGACGUUCAGAAAAUGAUGCAUGACUUUAUGUAUCUCAAACAGGUAGAUGAUGAUAUUCAGGUGACCUGCCCAUUUACUCUGGGAACAUUGGCUCAGAAAAGUCAGGAAAUAGAAAGGUUCUUCGAAUCAGUGCAAGGUGCUUCUUGGGAUGAAGGAGCAAUCAGAAUCUCCAAAGAGACACUGAGGUCUUUCUUUGCUGAGAGUCUUGAGGGCAUCACUGACAGUCUCCGGCAAAUCUUGAACAAAGAUCUAAGUGUUGAGUACAUUUUGUUAGUUGGGGGCUACGCUGAAAGCCAGAUUCUACGUCAACACGUUAUUGAUCAGUUUGGUGAUCAGUGUAAAGUUCUGUGUCCUUUUAGACCACAAGAAGCAAUCGUGAAGGGAGCUGUAAAGUUUGGAAGAAACCCUGGGCUGGUGGCAUCUCGAAAAAGUGCCUUUACUUACGGAGUUUCUGUUUAUGAGAAGUUUGACCCAUCAAAGCAUAAGAAAGACAAGAAAUUCACAAACAAAGAGGGUGAGUGGUGUAAAGACAUUUUUAUGAAACUGGUGGAAGAAGGUGAAGAUGUGAAAUGGAAUGAAACAAGAAAUCAUAUUUUAUAUCCACUAGAGAGAGAUCAGAGAGUGGUAAACUUCACAUUUUACUGCACAGAAAGAAAAAUGCUCAUGUAUGUAGAUGACUGGGGAGUAGAGGUAGUUGGAUCUUUCGUUGUUGACAUGCCUGAUACUGUACAAGGCAGGAGGUGUGAAGUCAAACUGGAAAUUAAGUUUGGUGCCACAGAGAUAACAGCCACAGGCUUUGUGUCUGGGUCAAAAAAUUCUGUCAAGAUUGACUUUAUGACCAAAGCAUGA